CCGUAAGAUGCGAAGGUGGCUAGUAUUCGAGACUGGCCACGACCUCAGACAGUCACUGAGGUCAGAUCAUUCUUAGGAAUGUGCGGCUACUAUAGGAACUUCGUAAAGAACUAUUCUAUAGUCGCCUCUCCUUUGACUGAUCUAACUCGACUUGACACACCGUGGGACUGGAGUGAUGAGUGCGAGGGUGCUUUCAAGAGAUUGAAGCAUGCACUCAUGAAUCAUGAGGUUCUCAUGGUUCCCGAUCCGCAGAAGCCAUUCAUAGUGACCACUGACGCAAGCCAAUACGRCAUUGGCGCAGUGCUGGCUCAGCAGGAUGGGAAAAAGUUGAGACCGAUUGAGUACAUGAGCAAGAAGAUGCCAUCAAAGAAGUUGGCAAAGUCCACCUACGAGAGGGAACUCUAUGCUCCGUAUAAAGCACUUGUCCAUUGGAGACACUUCCUUCUAGGAAGGUUCUUCUACUUGAGGACUGAUCAUCAGACCCUCAAAUGGAUCAAGACUCAACCGGCUCUUUCUGACGCACUCAAGCGGUGGAUAGAGGUCAUAGAUCAAUAUGACUUCAAGCUUGAGUACCUGAGGGGAGAGUACAACAAGGUUGUAGACACGCUAUCACAUAGAGCAGACUACCUAGGUGCGCUAGUUUCUGACUUUGGCGUAUCUGACGAAGUAACUCAAUCAUUGGUGGGAGCCUAUCAGGAAGACCCUGUCACGAUGGACAUCAUUCGCAAACUUCAGGCAAAAGACAAGGCCACAAAAAGUGAGUUUGUGAUGGUGGACGGGUUACUCUAUCUUGAGAAGGCGGGAAUAAAAAGGUUAGUGGUUCCAUCUAGUGAACAGUUGCGUAGUUUAUUUCUAGGCGAAUGUCAUGACGCAACCGGGCACUUUGGCUACAAAAAGACGAGUGCUAACCUAGUACAACGAUUUUGGUGGCCUGGUAUGUUCGAUGAUGCAAAGAAGUACGUAGAGACCUGUCAGGUCUGUCAACGGGACAAGCCGCGCACUCAAGCACCGCUUGGGUUGUUUAAGCCCUUACCUAUUCCUGCUGGUCCAGGACUGAGUGUAUCCAUGGAUUUCAUGGACACCUUGGUGACCAGCAAGAGUGGCAAGAGGCACAUAUUCGUCAUCAUUGACCGAUUCACCAAGUACGCUAGACUAGUGGCCAUGCCWGAGACAGCCAGGACUGACUAUGUCAUCAAGUUGUUCAAGGAGAACUGGGUGCGGGACUUCGGUUUACCAAAGACCAUCAUUAGUGACAGAGAUGUCCGCUUCACAAGUGAGCUGUGGAAGAAGACUGCAGAACAAAUGGGCAGUCAACUUCAAAUGACUUCAGGAAAUCAUCCUGAAGCCAACGGACAGGCCGAGCAAAUGAACAGAGUUGUGCAGCACUUGCUGAGGCAUUACAUCAAGCCUAGCCAGGAAGACUGGGAUGAGCAAUUGCCUCUCAUCACCAACCUGUACAACAAUGUUGUACAUAGCAGUACCGGCAUGAGUCCUAAUCAGCUACACUUAGGAUGGAAGCCUAGAUCAGCACUAGACUUCCUCCUACCCGAAAACCGAACUGCCGCAACUCCAGGCACACUCGAGUAUGGUGUGCAUUAUGAGAAGUUGCUGCAAGAAGUUGUCGAGCACAUGAAGAAAGCUCAGCAAGCAAUGAUUGCUUCUGAGAAUCAACAUCGUGGACAGUCCACAUUUCAGGUGGGGGAACGUGUCUGGGUUAAGGCUAGGGAGCUAGGACAAGAAUUCAGAAUCUCUCGUAAACAAAUGCCUCAGUAUUUUGGUCCCUGGGAAGUCCUAGAUAUAGUGGGAGAUGAAAUGGAUGGUCCUACGUAUGUCAUUCGUGUCCCUGGACACCUACACACUCACCCAGUCUUUCAUGCCUCAAAGCUUGCACCUUUCGCUGAGACUGAUCAAUUCCCUUCCAGGAGAUCGAUGCUGCCCCCAACCAUGGAUGGACAAGUCGACAUCGACGACAUUGUGGAUCACAGGGAUAUGCCUGUUCCGAAGCCGCUGGGUCGAGGAAGACCUCCUAAACCCAAGAGGGAGUACCGCGUCAGAUUCAGGCAUCAUACGGAUCCAAAAGAAGAUCGGUGGUUUACCCGGGAGGAACUGAUGGAAACAGUUCCUCAGGUGGUGCCAGAUUAUAAAAGAAAGCUAAAAGGGAAGGCACCUGCGAAGUAAGCAUCUCAGCGGACUUUCGAAGCUAAGGGGGAUGGAAUGUGAGGAUCGAGCCCUCAAGAAGGGGCCUUGCCAUGAUGUACAUGUUCUGGGCUAAGGCCCCAGCAAGCUUCGUGCCCGCCCUAAGUGAAGGCGGGCCAGGAAAUCAAAAAGAGCCCUCUGU